CCGGACAAUGCGCGAGCCCCGGGCAGCCUGCGCCGAGCCGGGUCCGGGACGCGGCCCCUGCACGAGCCCCCGCCUGCAGUGCGGCCCCGGCCCCGGCCCCGGCCCCGGCCCCAGCCAUGGGCGAGUGGAGCUUCCUGAGCUCGCUGCUGGACGCCGUGCAGGAGCACUCGCCCAUGGUGGGCCGGUUCUGGCUGGUGGUGAUGCUGAUCUUCCGCAUCCUCAUCCUGGCCACGGUGGGCAGCGACGUCUUCGAGGACGAGCAGGAGGAGUUCACCUGCAACACGCUGCAGCCAGGCUGCAAGCAGGUCUGCUACGACAAGGCCUUCCCCAUCUCCCACUACCGCUUCUGGGUCUUCCACAUCGUGGUGCUGUCGGCCCCUGCCCUGCUCUUCGUCAUGUACGCCAUGCACCAGGGCGGCAAGCUGCGGCAGGGCCAGGAGGGCGGCCCCGCGGGCCCGCCCCGGCUGCAGCCCAGCCAGCGGGCCCACCACAUCCGCACCUUCUACCUGGCCAACGUGGCCAUGCGCAUCCUGGCUGAGACCGGCUUCCUGGUGGGCCAGUGGCAGCUGUACGGGUUCCACGUGGAGCCGCGCUUCACCUGCCAGAGCUCGCCCUGCCCCCACACGGUGGACUGCUUCGUGUCCCGGCCCACCGAGAAAACCAUCUUCAUCCUCUUCUACUUCCUGGUGGGCGUGGUCUCCGCCCUGCUCAGCCUGCUGGAGCUGGCCCACCUGCUGGCCAAGGACAGGUGCCAGGGGCAGGAGGCCGCCAAGCCCCCGGCCACCUCCCACGAGCAGCAGGAAAACUGGUCCAACCAGGCGCACGAGCAGUGCCAGCAGUUCCUGCCCCCGGGCGAGGGGGGCGCCAAGGGGGCGGCCUGCAGCGUCCCCAACCACUACGAGCCCUCGGCCCCGUUCCGGCCCCACGCCCCCUCCAAGGGCAGCAUGGCCUCCCGGCCCGCGGCCAAGUCCGAUUUGGUGGUCUAGGGCUCACGCUACAGCCCAGCUCCCAUCUGUGCCAGUCACCGGGCCUUCCGCUUAGCAGGGUUGCCGCGGCAACACCAGUGACCUGAGCGGGACGUUCUCAGCCCUGCUGCAGCUUCAGUGGCCCUGAGCAACCUUCCAGCUGUGCCCUAAGGGCCCGGGGCCCACAGUCCGUACCAGCCCCGUACAGCCUGGCAGAGGGCGCACAGAGGACCCUGAGCCUAGGGCACAAAGCCCCUUAUGCCACGAGCAGCAGGAAAGGAGCUGGCUAGACUACAAGGAGUGACAGCGUGGCCCAAGGCUUAGAGCAUUGGGCUGCCACAGGGGAGAGCUGGGGGUCUCAUUCCGGCUGGUGUAGGCGACCAGACGAGGGGCAAUGAACUGACCCAGCCCCUCUGCCUGCUGCUCAGCCGGGGGACGGGACGGUUCCUGAAGACAGGAAGCUGG